GUGGAUAAAGCGAACGUUAUUAUAUCGUAUGCAACCUAUUUCUGAAGAUGAACCAAUUGCAUCCACUUCCGCAGAUGCUCAAGAAUCGAAUAAUAAACAGAUACGAGAGAAAUCGAUGCAAACAGCGGAGGAGGAAGACGAAGACGAAGAACGUGAUGAUAAUACUUGCUGUCACCGUGCAACUUUCUGCAGCCCAAUGUUACGAGAGAUUCUCGUGACCGAUGUAAUCUUCACGUGUUUCGAGCUACAGCUAACAUGGGCGGAUCUCUUCUGGCUCGCGACUGUGAGCGGCAUGACCCUCCUGACCUGGGCCGUUUUAUACUUCUUGCUGGGUGACAUGGUACUACCAGGCGGCAGUAUAUUUGGCCUUUUCAUCCUUGUCAUUUUUUCUUACGCACUCGGUUGGACCCUUGCUUACAUUCCUCGUCUGAACCUUCCGCCCAUUUUUGGCAUGCUUCUUGCUGGUGUAAUAAUACGUAAUACCGAUGUCUACAAUAUAUACGAUGUGAUCGGGCCGGGCACGACCUCCAAAAUCAGAACCUUCUGCUUAACCUUCAUCAUGGUACGUGCCGGUCUGCAGCUGACAACAACCGCUCUGAGGGCGCAUCCGGUGUUUGUAAUGAUUCUAUCGCUCGUCCCGUGCACUAUCGAGAUGUUGACGGUCACUGUCUUAUGCAAAUAUCUUCUCGAAUUCCCAUGGAAUUGGUCUUUCAUGACGGGAUCGAUUGUGGCCUGCAUGUCCCCUGUAAUAACGAUCAGUUGUAUGCUCACCUUAGCUGAACAGGGGUACGGAGAAGAUAAAGGACUCAUCAGCUUGCUGUGUACUGCAGCGUCCAUUGACGAUGUCCACAUUGUGGCUUUGUUUUCUAUCUGCUUCUCUUUCGUUUUUAGCAACGAUGAUGGAAGAACAGAGUGGUGGUCCUAUAUCCCCGGCGGGAUUCGAGAUUUUCUUCUGGGACUUAUAGUAGGAAUUAUCUUGGGCUUUGCCCUGGUCUUUUUCCCUCAUCGCAAUCACAGAUAUUCAACGUGGUAUCGCAUUGGUGGUUUAACUGUCGCGUCUUUAAUGUGCACCACAGCAGCCUCAAAAUUAACGGUCACAGGUGGAGGAUAUCUCGCUACUAUUAUAUUAUCAUUCAUAGCCGUCCGUGGUUGGCGAAUCUUAACGAUUUCGUAUGAUACAACACCUUUUCACAGAGCGUUUUAUUUUUUAUGGCAUUUCGUACAACCGAUUUUAGGAGGCGUGAUUGGUGCUGAUAUUGAUUUUAGAAACUGGCCUAUAUCCAGAUUCGGACUUUAUCUCAUUUGUGUACUCAUGGGAAUAUCCGUGCGCAGUACUACUGCCUUUUUAACAACGAUUCGAAUGCCUUUUACUUGGAAAGAACGACUCUUCAUCGCCAUAGCUUGGGUACCAAAAGGGACUAUGCAGGCAGCAUUAGCGCCGAUGGCAUUUGAACGUGCCAGAAAAGAAGGCGAUCCCACGAAAAUAGAAUUAGCCCUCGACGUGGUGAGGAUAUCCGUAAUUGCCAUAGUAUUUCUAGCGCCACUUGGAGCAAUCGGCAUGAUGACUAGCGGUCCCUAUCUCCUAAACAAGAUUAAUAUCGAGGAACACCGAAGAGAGCGGGAAUUGAGCUACUUGCGCAUCGUCGCUCUACAACCUGUUAGAAGGCGUAAAAAAAGAAAGAAACCAGCUCAUGAUACUAUUACGACUCUCUGAUCGCCAAUAGACUCUGUAACAUUAAAUGUAGAU